AACUCAUCCUAAACGUAAACAAGUCCACGUAUCAAACUCUAGGUUUGGAAGGUUCCGUCUCUCAUUUCCACUCGCUCGCCGCGGACAGAUACAACGAUGCCGAAACAUCGGCACGUCCCUACUCUCCAGACGCUGAGCCUUAGAGGCACCGGCGCUCUUGUCGUAUCGCUCUCGCCCCCGAUCGUCGCCAAACUCCAGGGCUACCACGACCCCCAAAAGAUAGUCACGGGUUUGUACAGAUGCCUUGAUUGCCUGAACGAGCUUCUCGCCACGCACGUGCCGUACUAUUUGUAUGACAACAUGGCGACGGAAGUGCUGUACGCCGUCAAGGGCCUAAUCGAAAAAACCAAAAAAACCUACUACCCACACACCAACAUGUCCGCCUUUUUGACGGAGAUGAACGUCGUGGUGAGCUUGACAGAAGUGGUCCUGAGCCCCCUCCUUAAGCAGAUAGAUUUCACCGAAUGGCCCAAAAUCAUGCGUUACGUCCUGUACAAGAACCUUGCGAAGAUGACGGGGUUGGAGGUACUAAAUUUGGGCUCGUGCACCGGAGGGUGGCGGACCAGCGACUACGACAAGUACAUCGUGGAAGGCAUCUCGAGGAUGAAGCACCUGAGGUCGCUUUGCCUUUGUUUCGAUUGCACGGAUCAGGUGAUCCAGGUGAUCGGAGACAAUUGCCCUCUGAUGCAGUGCCUCGAUGUGACGUCGUCACGGUCCGUCACCGAUCGCAGUAUCCCCUCCUUUUUGAAAUGCACGCAGUUGAAGGAGUUGCAGCUGCACCGCACCUCGGUCACUCCCGUCGGGCUGGCGCAGAUCCUCCGCGGAUUGGCCAAGCUGCAGGAUAUAGGGCGGUGCGACGAUGUCGGGGGCGUGGUUAAAGCCCUGCAUCAGAGUGGGGGGAGCGGGCCGUUCUUCCUCCGGCGAAUCCACGCCAGAGGGUUGUCUCAGGAAAAUCUACGCCUACUAGUCGAUCUGUUUCCAAAAGUGGAGUUUAUUAAUUUAUUUAACGACGAACAAGUGACGGAUUUGACCAUCCUCACGUCGCUAGAUUGCUUGAAAGAGUUGAAACUGUUGUCGUGUGCGUUCUACGGGGAUUAUUUGAAGCAGUUGCUGGAGGUGCGGGGGAGUAAUAUCACGAGCCUUCACCUGGAGCACGCGGAGGAGAUCGAUCUCAACGUGUUGGUGGAUGUUAGCCAGUUUUGCCCGAGACUGAAGAGUCUCGUUUUAUACAACUGUGAUUUUAUGGACGGGAUGUCCAUUAACUACGGCAGCAAGUUGAAAGUGCAGCCUUUCCAGAGCUUGGAGAAGUUGUUCUGGAUGGUGGAUUGUGCGAGGAGUCAUUUGGAGUUCAUUCUUUCGCAUGCCGUGAAUAUCAGGAAUAUUCAUUUGGGGUCGUCGACGGGGAUCACGCAUUCGUCCAUCACGAACAUACUGACGGUCAAUCCGAUGAAGCACUUGGAGGAGCUGAGGAUUCUUUACAGUAGCGACAUGAGCAUGAGAACUGUAGAGUUGUUGUUAGCCAGUUGUACCAACCUUCGAGUUUUGUCUGAACUGGAAAGUUGGCAAGGCAUCAGCAUGGAGGAGUUGAAAAUCUUUAAAGAACAUAUUUUUUCAAACAAUUUUGAUUUGGAUAUACGACCCACCCUCUCGUACUAUUAAAGAAAACCCCCCGUGCACAAAUCCUAAGUGUUGUGAUCAAAAUAAUUGUAUUUAUACUCGUAUUAUAAAUAUAUUUUAUUUAAUAUGUA